UAAUAUGGAAGUCGUUUUGUUUGUAUUAUGAAUUUGUCAGAAUAUCAGAGAUAUAAAAACGAAAUAUGACACUGUAAAGAAGAUUUCCUGAGUCCCGAGUUCGCCUAGUUAUACCAUAGGUUUUGGUAUUUCAUUUGGUCAGAUUUUGGAAUCCAUAAACAACCUUUUUGAUGAACUAACAGUGAUUGAAACAGGCUCCCGUGGCGAGGGCGAAGUCUGGUAUUGUUUCUGUUUUUGUUGUUGGACACGAUUCAGUUCAUGUGCGGUGUUGUGUUUUGAGACUACCUUGUCAUCAUUCUAAAUAUGAUGUUGGAGCCUGAGAAAUUAUUCCCUCAUUCAUAACUUUGCAGCGGAAAGAGUAGUCAGAAUAAAAUACGCUAAGUACACUAUUAUACUGAUAACAACAACUGAACAACAGCAAGCAAUCAUCACAAUCAAAUUAAUUAAAUUUUAAAAAAUUUUUGAGGCCUACCUCUAACCAAUCAAAAUGACUGAUACAUCUGAAGAAGGCAAAUGGUCAUGUGAAUACUGUACCUAUGACAACUUCCCAGCUUCAAAACGCUGUACACUAUGCCGUGGAUUACGUCCACAACAGCUCAUCACAGAAAGUGUCGACCAGACUCGAGAUAUUUACAAAAUGGCCUCCCUGAUGACUAAAAGCACUGAAUCAUCAUCAGGAAUUAUAUGUGGGGGCAGCACUAGUUCCGAGAGCAAUAAAUGGUCAUGUCACAUGUGUACGUAUCUCAACUGGCCAAAAGCUCAGAAGUGUUUACAGUGUUUAACAGCCAGACGGAAAUCAUCUCCAACUAGCUCGGCUAGCAGUCGCAUGGAGCCGUUAAGUGUAAAUGUCAAUAUCGAAGAAAGUCGAUCGGGGCGUAGCACACCCAAUCGUACAUCUCCCAGUUCACCUGAGGCAGCCAAAGCAAUAAAUAACGAUAUCAAUCGUGCAGUAGCAGCACAAACAAGAGCAGGCACAAAAUGGACAUGUAAAUCUUGUACAUAUGAUAAUUUCCCCAAAAAUAAUAAAUGUGUUUUAUGUGGCAGUUUUCGCAAUAGAAGUCAUGCAGCAGACACUAAUCUUGCUGCAGGUGGUAGCUAUAGUGGUGACAAUGAACGAGAUUUUAAUCGGCGCGGUAGGACUUCGCCAGGCACUUCAUACAGUAUAGACAAUAUGGCAUCAAUAGCAGGAGGUGCAUAUGCAGCUCCAUCUUUAUCAGAAGAACGCAAUAGAAGUGAAGAAAAACGUGUACGAUUAUUACGCAAACGAAUGCGAGAUAAAGACUGGCUGUGGGUGGGAGCAUGUGCAGGUGUUGUCGAUGGUGACGCUAAUGCUAUCGAAGCUUACAUUCAAUCAGGAGGUGAUCCAGCACGUCAGCUGACACAGGACGAAGUAGCAUUAAUUAAUAAACCUGGUAGAUUUGAAGUGGGUUACACAUUAGUUCAUCUAGCGAUACAGUAUAAACGUGAAGAUUUAUUAGCAGUAUUAUUAACGGCCACAGAUGUUGCAUCAAAGGCUGUAAAACGUCUCCCGUCACAUUCUAGUCCAGACACAGCAUCAGACAUACGUAGAGAAAUCGCUUCGUUGUUACGACAGCGGAAAGGGGAUUUCCCCUGCUUCUUUUAUACUGACUGUGUUACAUUUGCUCUUCCAGCAGAUAUAGUAGAUUUACCGACACCAGUUCAAAGUCAACUAUUUGAUGAAUUAUUAGAUAGAGAUGUACAACAUGAAUUGGAAUCAGAAGAAUCUAUUAUAAACUGGAGUAAAGAAUUAACUAAUUGUUUAGGAAGUCGUCUGUAUGCGUUAUGGAAUCGUACUGCCGGAGAUUGUUUAUUAGAUUCCGUAUUACAGACUACUUGGGGGGUGUUUGAUAUUGAUAAUAGUUUACGUCGAGCUUUAUCUGAUAGUCUUAAUGAAGGAGCUAUGACAUUUUAUCCACGUUGGAAGGAGUAUGAAUCACUUCAAGCCCAAUCAUUACAUUUUAGUUUAGAUGAAGGACAGUGGCAAAGAGACUGGGCGAUAUUAUUAAGUCUAGCCAGUCAACCAGGUACAUCAUUAGAACAAACUCAUAUUUUUGCAUUAGCUCAUAUAUUUCGUCGUCCCAUCAUAGUUUAUGGUGUUAAAUAUGUUAAAAGUUUUAGAGGAGAGACGAUAGGAUUGGCCAAAUUUCAGGGAGUCUACUUACCAUUAUUGUGGGAGAGAAGUUUUUGUUGGAAAACACCAAUCUCAUUAGGUUAUACCCGUGGACAUUUCUCAGCUCUUGUUCCCAUGGAGAUGGAUACUGAUGAUAAUAUAGGAGCGGGUGCUAAUACUAACAAUACAGAAGAUACACAGAUAGCUUAUCUCCCUUUAGUAGACAGUGAUGGAAAAUUACUAUCCGUUCAUUUUCUCUCAGGGUCAGAUGUUGGUCGUGAAGAAGCUAUAUUAAGAGACUGGUUAGAUUGUGUUGUUACAAAAGGUGGUAUUUUAGCAGCAGUACAGAAAUUAGAUAAGCGCCCUCUAUUAGUGAAACAGAUGGUUGAUGAAUGGUUAGAUCAUUAUAGGCAACUAACUCACGUUAUGACAUCACCUAACGCUUUGUCCCAGGGAAGAUUUUCUAGCGAUGGUGAAAGUGAUCAGGAAUAAAAGACAAUUUGUAAAGUAUUUCUCAGGGCAUGCUUCAGUCUUGUGGCUGCCUGUAAUGCUUUCUGCCGUGGAAUUUAUCCUAUUCAUUUACCACAGCUUUGUAUUGAUAUCUUGUAUCGUACCAUCAAAGAUUUAGUUGAUUCAUGUUUUAUUCUGGGUUGCUUAUGUUCACACAAGAUAGUCAAGCUGCCGAGGUAAUUUGCUGAGCAAAAUCGCAAUAUUAUUAUUUCUAUAUCCGAAUUAACGAUGGCACAAGAAAAAUUUAAAAGAACAGAUAAAAUCUGGUGUAGAAUUUUCUAGGGUCAUAGCUUUAUGAUAUAUUAUUAGGAAGAGGCCCAAACUAGAUAAGAUUCGUCCUAUAUAUAUUAAGGAGUUUUCGAACACAGGAAGAGGCAUUUUCUCUUUUUGUGCUAAUGUUUAUUUUAUUUAACGGAACCAAGCAUAUUAAUCUAGCGCAAUGGGGGGUCAUCUCUGAUUGGAUAUCUUUAGUUGUAAUUACUGUUGUGAAGUAUAGAGAAUUUAAGAUGUAAUUUAUUUCAACGACAAAAAAUAUAUAUACGAGUGAUCACAAAUGUUUUCAAGAGAAACUCUGCAAAUACUUUAAUAUUUGAUUAAAAAGAAACUAAUUAUAAUUUUGAAAAGGAUCUCAUUAACAAGAAAGAAGUAGAAUUUGAAAAGAAAUCGUGUACAUAUAUUAAAAUUAUAAAUGAUUUAAUUGUUUUUAAGUAGUCCUUGUUUAAAUAUAUUUUAGGCCACAUCAAUUUAAAUUUUAGUUCUCCAUGCUUUCUAUUUCUUUGAAAUGGUUUUGUUGAAAAUUCUUACUCCUUUCAAAAUACUUGCCUCCAUAUUUUAAAUUUUUGAAAAUUAAAGAAUGAUCAACUUCCCAUAGAACUAAAGAUUGAAUUGGUUUGGCCAUAAUGCAGUGAAAAUGUGAACUUUAAAUGCAUUUAGUUAACUUAGCUUUGUUUUAACAAAUAUAUAAUAUAGAAUUUUCAUGUUAAAGAUACUGCCACAUGAAUGAUAACCUUGAAGCACCCCAUUCUUCAUCAAAUAUACUCUAAGCUUCACAUUUUUUAAGAUUUGUACUUUUGAUAUAAACUUGAAUUUAGUUUAGAUUUUUAUCAUUUUAGCUAGAAAUAUUUCCUAAAAAUAUUCAUCUAUUUUCGUUGUACUGCAUUAACAACUGACAUAUUUCCUUUGAAGUUGGCGUUCUGAUCAUCUGACUUAACUGGCCAAUCAAAUUAUCUGUAGUGGUAUCUGGAACUCAAUUUUUGCAGGAGAUUUUGGGAUAUGAAAGCCAAAGUAAACAACAACAUUGACCUCCAUAUAAACAAAUCAAACCUAUACUUUAUAAAAUCUUUAUUUGUUGUUCUUUUAAGCUGCAUUGUGCAGAAGCUAAUUUCUGACUUCAAAUGUUAUACAACUUAUUGUAUGGAUAGUCCAUAAUCAAUGGAUAGUCCAUAGUCCAAUAUAUUGAAUGUAUUAGACCAUUCACGCCAUAACAUUUAAAUGGCUGUCAUUGAGGCAUUGUUAUUAUCAUGGUAAUGGUACAUGACAAUCCGUUUGAAGUUUUGACAAUAAAUAGCUGAUUAAAGUUCAAACACUCAAAACUUUGCUCAGAAUAUAGUAAUUUGACUGACUUUUUUCAAUAUGUUUAUAUUUCAUUAUCUUUUUCUGAACUAUUAUAGCCAGAACAGUUGGCUCUUUAUCUAAAUCUUGCAUAAUGCAUCUUUAAUAUAUUGUGUAACACAUUGUUCAAUGUCUCCAUAUUCAUGGAUUGAAUCAUGGUGCAUUACACCCAUCUUAUUGAUUGACUAUAAAUAGCCCACAAUGAUUACACUAAUUGGCUGAUCAAGUUGUUGAUUGAAAGUUGGUUAGAUUAAAAUGUAGUUAAAAAUCAAAACAAACAAAAUAAAAAUGUAAUCUAAAUAUCUUAGUACUUCUCUUUUCUAGGAGAGAAAAUAUAUCUUUAUAGAAAUUGUUCUUCCAAUUAUUGCAGAUAAUAUUUUUGCUAAGUCCUUGUUAUAAUCAUUCAGUAAAAUAUGCAUUUACAUGUAGUUUGAAGUAUUUAUGAUAAAAUUGGUUUCAAUUAAAUUAAUGAAACACUUGAGUGAAAAGGAACAGGUUUUCACAAAAUUUGAAAAUGAUUACGAUAUGAUAUAAAAUCUGCAGUUAAUUUUUGGAAUAUGAAAUUUCGUAUAAUAUAUUAAAUUUCCAAAUAAUAAAAUUGAAUUUGAUCAAUUCUUGCAUUAUUUAUGCAAAUAUUAACAAACUCCUUGAAGGUAUUAGGGCAAUAAUUUUGGCAUUUAAAUUUUGAUAUAAUGAUUUGCUUCAAGAGAACUUGUAAAUAGAUAUUUAUAUAUUGUCUUUCUACAUGUGUCAUUGUUUCCAUAUUUUUUUGGAGUUAUUUUUUUAUUUCUCUUUUAAAUUCAGCCAUAUUCUCCUUUAGUUUCGGCAAUUUUUUGUUUGAGAGGCAUGUUCGUGAAGAAAUCUUAAAGUAACCAAAUAUGUUAAUUAAUUUGGUCUUAUUUAUUUCAGCUUUGCCAUUAUUUUGUUAUUUAACUUUUUAGCAAUAUUUAUUUAUUAUUUUUGUUUGCAAAAUUUUCCUUUUAUUAGUAAAAACAUUUCCAUCUUUAGAUUUAUCUGGUAGAUAUUUCAUCUUAAUAUCUAAAUUGUCAUCCAUUUUCUCUAACUCCAUUUGUCUGCAUAUAAAGUAUUCUCUGACAGUAUAAAUUUAGGGAGUGGAAUCUCCUGUUAGACACUAUUAAUUGAAAUAGUAAUUUGGUUAACCCUUUGCAGUCUAAACUUAUUGCUUUGUUUGACAUAUUGAAAUUGUGCUCAUGUAUAUUGGCUGAAAUAUUCUCUGAAAUGGCUUGUCAUUUGUAAAUUGUUUUUAUUUGAUGGAGAUAUAUCUUGGUUAUUGUCGUCGUGAAUUAUUUUAUUACUGGAUUAAUAAAUGUGGUUUUUCAAUAGUCGAAUCUGCCUUCAUUAGCACUGUGGGUGCAAAAAAGUAGGACGUGAAACACCAUUUCAUAUCAAAAUUUACAGAACAGGAGUCAGUUUUCAAAAGUCAAAAGAAUACAAGUUCCACAGUGCAGUUAAUAAAGAUUUCCUCCCUUUAUUUUAACUUUGGAGUUACCACUUCUAAUUUAUGAAGACACCAUAUUGUUUGAAAAACAUGUGAUUUUUGUUGUUAUUUGUGUGUGAGUGAAAUUUGAAUAUUAUUUUGACAAUAGAUGUCAAGUAUAGAAAGUGAUUAUUUAAUUAUUUUAUUUGACUACUUUGUUUGGUUAUGAUUUAUUAUAUAAUAUUAUAUUUGUAUGUGUUUAUUAUUAGUAUUGGAAUAAAAGUAGGUAACUUUAUCCAUUUAAAAAAAAACCUCAAAUAUAUAACCAAUAAAAUUUGAAAUACAUCCUUUAUUUAAAAUGUUAAGUCAAAACUUGAAAUUUAACACCCAAAACACAUUAAUUUUCAUUAAAUUGCAAUGAAUCCUUCCUUAAAGUAAAAGAUUAAUCAACAUUAAUACCGAUGUGGAAUUUUUAAACACAAAAACAUUAUUAAUUGCAAUAUUUUUGCAAGGAUUCUCAGUUUUAUUAAGUAAAUGAUAAUUUUUGUCAGGUUAUUGCUAAAUUUAGAUGUGAAUUAAAGAUUUUAUAUUGAGAGAUCCAUUAAAUGCUUGAGACGAAUGGCCUUAAAAUCAGAUGUUUCAUCUUUAAAUAGUUAAAUAUUUUGUUGGUUAAUUUAUAUGUGAUUAGAAAAGACAAGUACAUAAUCUAAUUUUUAUAUUGAAUUAUCCUUGAAGACUAAAGGGAGAUAAAUUAUAGAUUGUUUGUUGAGUUUGAAACUAUCAAAUUUAACUAAUCUGUGGGAUUUAAAGGAAAAGAAUACAUUUUCGGAAUCCUUUACUUAAAUUUUACUAAUGGUAAUUCAUACAGUAUAAAUAAAAUAUGCUUAGAAAUAAAGGAUAUUUUUCCUUUUACUAAACGACAAUCAUGAAGUCUACAAAGAUAAAUCACAAUAGAAAAGAGAUAGGGUUAUUGGGGUUGAAUAUACUGGCUAUUAUUAGUGUAACAUAUCAUUAUGGAAUAUAAUAUUACUUUUAACCAGUUUUUAGUAUACAUUUAUUUCUUACCAAAAUCGAGCAGGUCGGGAAAAGUAAUAAAAGUUUAAGGAUCAAAGAAGUUGAACUUUUGAUAAUUGAUAUUUAUUUUCUGUAAUAAAAAACCUAACUGUACAAUUUGGCAACUUUUAAAAUUAAACCUAAAUGAGAAAAAAUAACAGAUAGAUUGUGGGACAACAUAUGAUCAGUCUCUUGUUCUUGAUUUUAGGAAUGUAGCCUUUUCAUUGGCUUAGAGAUAACAUGUAUACUAGGAUUUUAACACUUGGCCAAUGAAAAGGCUGCAUCCUUCAAAUAGUUUUGAUUAGGUUUUCCCUCCUUCAUGAAAACUUAAAUCUAUUACAAUUGAUUGUAACUUAAAAUAUAAAUUUUAAGAAUGCAAAUCACAUUAACUAUUCAUCUGACUUAAAUUAUUGGUACAUUCAAUUUUAAGUGACAUUAGUUUUCAUGAAUAUUCUCUGGAAACACUACUUUAAAACCUCUUGAAGUUAGUACUCCUAUGUGGUAUUGCCACAGGUAAAUUUUUGUAUAUUAAUAGCAGGUAUAGUUGACAGCCAAGUGAUUAAACCAGAAAUUAUUCCCUUAUUUGUUGUUUCCAUAGAUAAUUAAAUACAUUUUCUAAUUUAUUGUCACCCAUAUAUAAAUAAUAUAUAUCUGAUUGUUAUUGUUUUUGAUUGGUUGAUACCUGUCACAUGAUUAAUUAUCACCAAACAUAGUCUAAUGUGACUUUAAGUAGAGUACUAUAUAUGUAUGUAUGAAAUAUAUAUAUAUAUAUAUUAUAUUAUAUUCUAGAAAAGAUAUUAAAUUUAUCAU